AUGAGUAGUUCCAUGGAUGAUCAGCAGCUCUCACCGAUGCAAUCAACAUCAGAAUUUGGUGAUUCAAAGAAAGAAUUAAGACAAGAAUUGGAAUGUUGUGUACAUGGUCGACCAUGCAUUAUUGCAUCUAAGCUAUCACGGGAAAAAGGAGAAGAAACGAAUCGUAACCUUUCAUCAGGUUCUUACAAUUUGACAGGAUCUAAUUACAAAAGUGUUUUUGAGAAAUCGGAGCCACAUGUAAGCCAAUAUGAUGAUAUCUCAUACAAUCUAAACAAAAAGGUUGAACGUGAAGCAUUGGAUGUUCCAGUACGUACAUGGAAUUUUCGUGCACCACAUUUAUCAUCCUCUACGCUUAGUUCUAAAUCCAAUACACGUAUUUCUGAAAUUGAAGACCAUACUGGACGAAGGGUAGAACGUUUAUGUUUGUCGAAGACCUUAGAUGUACCAUCAUCCAUUGGUCAAGUGGACAAGUUGACCACUUCAAAGAAAAGCUGUGAUGAAUAUGAAAUGAUGCUACCAACCACUGUCACACCUCGACUAUUGUCCAAAGAACAAGCUGUGUGGACAGCACGAACACCUGGUUCCAUGGAAUUACCACCAUCGGUAGAAGCUUACAUUGGAGUAUUAACUGCAAAGCAAGCAGAGGAAUAUGUUAUGAAGCCUGCUUCAUUCAAACUAUACCAUAUGAUGCCAAAAGUGAAAUCAUUAAACAAUGUAUUGCCAUCACUUAGUCUUUAUAUUAUUUAUCGCAGUGGUUCUGGCAUCGUAUAUCAUUAUCCAAUCAAACAACGAAAGCAACAUGCGGAUUACUCAAAGACAAGAUCAAAACCUGAAAUGCUAAAUAAUCUUCGAGUAGAAUACGGUGAUCCAAUGGCACCAUGGUUUUUCACACUGGAUGCAUUAGUCAACUAUUACAAUGUUUAUGUCCACUUGCAUGAAGUGAAUGGCGAAUGUGUCGCAGAUAUAUUUCCAGUUAAUGGAAUGCAGAAUAAGUCAUAUUAA